AUACAUGCUACAAUAUACAGAAGUAGAAAGCAAAGAAAAAAGAAGCUUACUUUGAUCAUCUUCUGCAGAUAACGUGCAUCUGUUUCCUCUCGGCUUUCGUUAGCUCAAUCUUCCUGUUACCUCGCCCGAUUUGUAAAUCAAAAUCGACGAGAAAAUGAGGUGCUCGAAAAGAAUGUUAAUCACCUUCCUAGUUGCCUCUUUUGCCAUAAUGCUGCAUUAUGCUGCCAUAGGUGCCGCAGCAGCGGAAGGAGCUAAGCCGAAAGAUUUCCCUUUUCUUAUAUUUGAUGAAAAAACUGACCAAAAUACCUUCCACUUUACACAACAUUCUUCCAUUGAUAAAGGGGCGCUUCAGUUAACCCCAGACAGUGAGAACCCGCAAGACUCCAAAGAAAACAAGUCUGGUCGGAUUAUGUACCAGAGACCUUACAGACUAUGGCUUUCUGACAUUGUUGUUGCCUCCUUCAACUCAACUUUCCUCAUCAACGUCUACCGCGAGAAAGACUGGAACGCUGGUGAGGGGUUAGCUUUUCUUAUAGCUUCGGAUAUUCAUGUACCUGAACAGAGUCAAGGGCAGUGGCUAGGCCUCACGAAUUCCAGCACCGAUGGUAAAGCCACAAACCACUUCGUUGCUGUUGAAUUCGACACGGAGAAGCAAGAUUUCGAUCCUGAUGGCAACCACAUUGGACUCAACAUCAACUCUGUAAAAUCGAACAAGACUGUUUCUCUCAAGCCUUUGGGCAUUGAGAUAUCGCCAGAGACACCCACCAACUACAGUGUUUGGGUGGAUUACAAUGGUAGGUCCAAAGUCCUCGAAGUCUACAUGGCUAAAGACUCUCUAACCAACCCGGCAACCAAGCCUCUGACACCACUUCUAAGGGAGACAAUAAAUUUGAGGGAGUAUCUCAAAAAGGAGUCCUACUUCGGAUUUGCUGGUUCCACGGGCACCUCAGUAGUUCAGCUAAACUGCGUUUUGAAAUGGGAUCUGAAGGUGGAGGAAUUUCACCCUAGAAAAGAUUUGACUUGGUUGAAAAUUGCUGUCGGGGUUGGUGUCCCAGUAACGAGUUUGCUACUAGUCUCUGCAGUUUGGCUGGGAGUCGGAUAUUCAAACAAAAGGAAAAGAACCAGGAUUGAGGAGUCCAGUGUUCUCGGGAAACUAAAGAGGUUGCCAGGGAUGCCUAGGGAGUUCAAGUACAAGGAGAUCAAGGAGGCUACCAAUAAUUUCCAUGAGAGCAUGAGACUGGGGCAAGGCGGAUUUGGCAUUGUUUACAGAGGAUCUCUGCGUGAUAAAGAUCAUGCAAAUACCAACUCCUCAGCAGAAAUUGCUGUCAAGAAAUUCUCUCGGGACAACAUCAAAGGUAAAGGCGAUUUCAUGGCUGAGCUCACCAUAAUUCACCGCCUUCGCCACAAACAUCUUGUCCGAUUAGUGGGAUGGUGCUAUGAGAAAGGGAAACUUCUUUUAGUCUACGAUUUCAUGCCAAAUGGCAGUGUUGAUAAACACCUCUACGAAGCUUCCAGCCAGAAUACACUGAAUUGGAAACACCGAUGCAAGAUCCUAGCUGGUGUGGCAUCAGCAUUGCAUUACCUGCAAAAUGAGUACGACCAAAAAGUGGUGCACCGUGACCUCAAGGCCAGCAACAUCAUGCUUGACUUAGACUUCAAUGCCCGCCUGGGAGACUUUGGCCUUGCCCGAGCCUUGGAUCAAGAGAGGAACUCAUAUGCUGAACUAGAACUAGCAGGAGUCCCGGGCACCAUGGGCUAUGUUGCUCCAGAGUGCUUCCACACAGGGAAGGCUACUCCAGAAUCUGAUGUGUUCGGUUUUGGGGCAGUGGUGCUUGAAAUUGUAUGUGGUAGAAGUCCUGGGAUUAAGAUUCUUCAUGAACACCAGCAGUAUUCGCUGGUCGAUUGGGUGUGGAUGUUGCAUCGAGAAGGGUGUAUUGAAGAAGCAGUAGAUGAGCGGCUCAAAAACGAUUAUGUGUUUGAUGAAGCAAUUAAGCUUCUACUUCUCGGGUUGGCAUGUUCACAUCCGAUUGCCAGUGAGAGGCCUCAAACACAGGCGGUUUGCCAGAUCAUAUCUGGAACCAUGCCGGCCCCUAGUGUACCUCCAUUCAAGCCCGCUUUCACGUGGUCUUCCAUGGCUACUGCCUACAGCAGCACUGAGACCGUGAGUACACUUUCUAACAUCAUUCUUUCUAGCAUUACAGUGUCUUCCUCAAUCACGGAAGAACAUUGAUGUAACAGCAUUGCAAUGGCUUCAGCUCAUCCCUAGACUAGUUUUUAAAGUCCUAGGAAGGCAAGGUUAACCAGCCAUAGCAAGUGUUCUUACUGUAUAUAGCAUCCUCUUGCAUUAAGAUUGGAGGAUUUUUAAAUAAGAAUACCUCGUAAGAUUCUGUUUAUCGAUCCUGCUAAUUGUGCUAAGAAUUUUUUAAAGAUUCUAUUUAACAAGCCUGCUAAUUGUGCUAGAUUUUACAUAAGUCCAUUGGUUAGAAUACCUCAUGAUAUUCUGUUUAAAGAGCCUUGUAAUUGUGCUAACAAUUUUUUAAAGAUUCUAACCGAAAUCAAUAAAAUUGCAGCAUCAAUUGUUCCUUCA